GGGGUGCGUGAAAAUUCCAUGCAGCACUUUCCCCUCCACUCCUUUCUGACUCGCUUGGCUAUUGUCAACAAAAAACUUUUUUUUUUCUACCUAUUUUCCUGGGAUUCUACAAUGCCAAAAUGUCUUUUGCUUUUAGACGACACCUUGACACACCCACAGCAACACAGUCAGACAGCGCGCAGACGGCGAUGGCAUGCGCGUUCUCGCUGUUCCAAGCCAGCAGCACCUGUCCAUUGCACGCAGCACCAGCAGUCGACUUUCUCAGCGACAUGAAGCGGCGCAACGAGCAGGACAGCGACCACAGAAACAUCAUGACGCCCGAGUUCCGUGCCUUCUGUGUAUCAGUACGCGAGCAUGUAAUCUGCGGGUUCGUACUGCUUACGUUUUUCAUUCUCUCGUAUAUUGCUGUGCGGCGUGCGUGUGCAGCGCAGGUGCAGAAGCACGGCCGCAGUAAGCAGCGAUACCUGACAACCCCGUACUCGUCUGUGUUUCGGGCGCGGCAGGUUCCACAGAUCCUGGCGAGUAUUGGGCUCGCAUCGGUCAGUAUGCUGGCGAUGCUGCUGGCGGUGACCGUGGCAUUAUCGAAUGUGAUGGAUUUUGGCGAUCCGAGGCAUCUGGCAACAUGGCGGACAUGGCUGUUGCCGCAUACGCUGCUAGUUCCAGGUGAGCGGCAGACGGGUGCACUAGCGAAUAGCAACUGGACGGGACCGCAGGGCGCGCACGAUUUCCCGCCUGUGCUGCGAAGGCUGUGGCUGUACCAGUCUAGCGUGUCAAUUACCAGCUCAGUGUUCUUGCUGCCCAUGGGCGUUCUGUUCGAGGGCACGUCGCAGCGCAUGCCGGUAUUGCGGAGAGUAUUGGUAGCGCUGGCGCGCUGGCUGGCAGCGGCUGGCAUGCUGCUGGGAAUGUGGACGCUGCUGUGCACGCGUAGCAGCUACAUGUAUGGGCUCGGUUUGUACCAACCGUUCGCGGCAGAUGCGGCCACGAUGCGGUAUUCCGUGUACUAUGCGGCAUGUGUGUUUGCAGCGCUGCCAACGGUCCUGCUGGUUGCACCACGGGGUACUUGGGCCCUGUUCAGCUGGCUCAGGUGCUGUGUUGGACAGACGAAUGAGAUGAGACAUCGGACGAUGCAGCGGUUUGCGCAGCUGAAGCGCGAGCAGCAGCGUAUUGAAUCGUGCUUGAGGAAAACUAUUUCGUCGUGGAAGUGGGAACAGCUGAGGGAUUCGGAGGAGGCAGACAUUGUUGAAGGCAGCCGCAGCAACAGCAACAACAACAGCAACAACAACAACAGCAGCAGCAACAGCAGCAACAACAGCGAUAGUGAGACGCUUGGAUUUGAGACAAUGACGAAAAAGCAAGAUAGUCCAAGUGUGACGAUUUCCAAGUGUAUGCCGGUUGGCCGGCCGCCACGUCAUCCCCUGCUACAUCCAACAGCGGGCUCACAGCCACAGCUUGGCUUUGGUUCGCUGAGAUCUCGUGUGGCGGGUACCAAGCGCCAGCCUAUAUUUGAGACAUCCCCGGAGCCACCUUUGUCACGCAGCUCUGCAACGGUGCGCUCUGCAUCGGCUGAUCGGCUCAAGGAGGCGGGUCUACGAUCAAACGCUUCGUUCAGCCGGCUCGCAUCAUACUUUACCGAGCAGGCAGAUAUCAGCAACAUUGGGCUGGAUGGCGUCAACAUGGUCAGGGCAGUGCGCAGCGCCCAGCGGAAACGGGCGAUGGAGCGUGCGCGUGAGAUGCAGCGACUGGCAAGGCAGAUACGAGAGUACCACGCACGGUUAUUGUUUGUGCGCGGCGAGCUGAGCAGGAUUGAGGAUAGCGGGGUGCUCAAUGGGGGGAACCGUGGAGGUGUGCCGCGUAGUAAGCGCAGUGCCAAGCAGAUCAUGGUUGAUGUUGUGCGCAAUGCAUCUGCAGUGCUGCUGACGGCGCUAGCGAAUGUGUGCUGGCUGCUGGUGGUGCUGCAGAUUGCGCGUGGAGCGCUCAGUGCGCUGUUUGUUGGCGAACCGGAUCUGACCCAGCGGUUUACGUACUUCCUACCGGCUUUGCCCAUGGCCGACAGCUUUUCUGAUGGUACACCAAAGCCGUCGAGGGGCGAGUCGUCUCUCCAACUGGCGCUGCCGUUUGCGCAGCUGGCAAUGCCGCCGAUUAUCACGCUCUGCCAGAUGGUUUCGAGUGGGCUGCUGUUUACCGUGGUCAUGUUUGGAGUCCUGUCGUUUGGGUCGUCGGUCGAGGAGUCGGUUCAUCCGCUGCGAUUUCUCAUUACAUCGUACGCAGGCAGGGUGCUGCGGGCACGGCAGUGGCACUGGCUACCGCAUGUUCUGCUGAGCUCGGAGGUGCUUGAUGCAAUCAACCCAGUACCUAAACAGUCUGGCAGCACGAUAGCUUUGCAGCAGGAGAUUCCAAGCAAAAUGGUCGGCCGGACCUCUCGCGUGUUUUACUCGUCGAGCACGGAUCUGACGAGCUUUUACCGUGGAGUGCAGCGUGAGUCGCUGGCACAUUACCCGGUUACCAGCAUAGGGGUUCUGUCAGAUGAUGUUUUGCAGGCGAAGGCGUGGGGCAGGCGGGUGUUUCUGCUGUGGGCGCAGCGACGCAGCCCAGUGACUAGCAAGCAGCUUCUGGCGUAUGUUUGGAUUGUGACGUGUCUGGCGAUGACGUGGCCAGGCGUGCUACGGACAACAGGGCUGAUUUCCGAGCGUGCAUAUCUGCUGCCCACAGCGUCGCUGGUGCAGCCGCUGUGGACGCGGUAUUCGAACGAGGAGCCCGUCGAGCUUCAUCCGGUGAAUAGCCUGAAGUGUGGGGCGCGCAGAGAGCUUGUGGAGCCGCAGAGGGUCAGCGAUGAUGGGCAGGAUAAACCUAGCGGCAGGGAGUUCGAUAAGCAUGGGCCGGCUGCACCUGAGGUGGCACACAAGGUGGCAGUAGUUGAUAUGCCGUCUGGGGCUGUGUCUGGGGCGACUGCAGAUGCAAUGCCAACCAACGCACCGAGUGCCAGCCGCCAGCCGCCCAGGACGAGCUCGGCGUCGGGCAUGCGCACAGUCACUCGACGUGCACUGGUUGAGGCUCUGACAUCGGAGACGCCGCUGCGGCUGGUGGUGAAGUGUGUGCUUGAGCUGCUGCACGUGUGCUCGCCACACAGCUCGGUGUCAAUGGGCGCUAUGAUCUGGGUGUCGUGGCCGGAUCUGAUCGUGCCGCUGACGCCAACGACGAUAGAUCUGCAGCUAGGAUUCCUCCCGCAGCUGUCGGCCGUGGAGGUGCCGCAGUUUGCGUACGGGGUUCCGCCGCGGCUGGCCGAGUGGUAUGCGAUGCUGGUGCGCGUGGAGAUGGGCAGCAGCAGCGGUCUGCCGCAGGACGCCGAUGGCACACCGUAUAUGGUGCAAAAGUGGGCGCCGGUCGUUGGCACGCAGAGGAGGCCGCAUGUGCGGAGGCUGUCGGGGUCGGCCAGGCUGGUCGGUGCCAUUGGCAACGGCGUGGCGACAGUGGUUACGCAGGUCGCGUGGCUAGUGCGUGUGUGCACGGGGUUGCUGGCGGCGUGCUUGCGCGAAACAGCCGUGGGAAGUGUGCUGCAGAUGUAUUGGGAUUUCUGGAGACUGGUUGUAGGGCCGACGGUCCCGUAUUUGCAGACCGUGUGGUCCGGGAUGUGGUUGGGCGUACAGUGGCUCGGCGGCGUGCUUGCGGGCGGCGUCUUGGACGGCACCUUUGCGAACCAGCCGAUGGCUGUGACAGGCGCUGGCAGCAUGGUACCGGCAGUCUUCCUGCCUAUGUACUGGGCGUCUCUUGCUGCGCGUAAGGGUCCGGCAGUGCAGCGGCUGCGGCCCGAGCUCUGGCCGCAUGCAUUCCUAGGAAGCAACAACUAUGUCUACUGGGACGAUAUGCUGGACCAACCCGUUGUUCUAGCGGGCCCACAGAUGCAAGCUAUUCAGCAGAGGCGACCAGGGGAGGCGGAAGGAAGCCAAACAAAGGGCACUCUAAGUGACAUCAUUGGUGCAGAUCCUGUUGAUUCAUCUGCUGGCUCUGAACGGACCGAGGGGCGGCGGCGGCAGCUGGUGGCAGUGGCACAGGCACCAGCGGCGGUGGAGGAGCCUGCGGCGGUGGUUGUGCGACCGGUGCGCAAGGUGUGGACGGCGUUUGACUGGCUGCUGGCCGUAUACCGUGUUGUGCUGGGCGUGCUGGCAGGACGGGCGAUGUUUGCGCGGUCACGGCAGGUGCCGAUUCUGUCGCUGUGAAAGAACUCUGGUUCUCAGGGACCAGACUAAAAAAGAAAGUAAAUAGCGCUCUACUGGUUUGCAGUUUGCUUGUGGCACCCGGUUGAUUCCGCUAGUGUUGCAGGGCUCGGCCCGUGAAAAUGGCAUUAUUAAUGAUGCCAAGCGAGCCG